CUAUAAAGCUUCAUUACUUGAAGCUGACUGCAAGAAUAGUGAACAAUUCUCCUAAUGAGAGGACAGUAACAAACCCUCCCAUCCCAACUACAACUUCACAAAGAAUGGAACAAAGUCCUCGUCAUCUAAUUCCAUCUAUGGCGACUUUGGGGAUGGGAGCUGUAGCUCCGACACAAAUGCCACCAUCAGAACCGCCACUUACUCAGUCUGAUCUCGGCGCUGCAAUGUCUGGAUUAUCCUUCAUGGCCAGAAAAACGGAAGAGAACAUGGCAAAUUUAUUUCGGCAACAAUCAACGAAAAUGGAAGAGCACAUGAAUUCCUAUUUCUCGGGGCUUGAAAUGCAGAUGUGCUCUUUGAAACAUACGUUAGCGGCGCAAUACCAAUUAAUCCAAGAAAAUCAAAUAAUCAUGAAAGAACAGCAGGGAAUCAUUGAGUAUCAGACUGCUCAAAUUGAGAAACUAGCGAACGAUAAUGAUGAAUUGAAGGAGAAGAUGCGGUCACUACAAGAAGAUAUCUCCAUAUUCAGGUUACAAGGACCUUGUAACAAUGCCAACAAAGAUGAAAUAAAAAAAACGGUUGAAGAGAAGCGAAUGGGUGCUGGUGGGUGUGGUUCCAUGCUCUAUGCUACAGAAGUUGACAUGAUGAACGGGAUAAAUGAGAUGAUCUCAUUUCAUAUGAGCCCAUUAAUCACCGCACAAGAUUCUACGAUACCAUUAAAGGAUAUCAGAAACAACAAAGACGACGAAGAUUACACCCAUACGUCAAACAUUGAAGUAACGCUAGUUGAGGACGAUCCGGUGACGGUAAAUGAGCAGGUUGAGGGUGAAGACAACAGUGCUGACGAUCAUGACAAUUACAGCGGUGAUGAUAAUAACAAUAAUAGAGACGAUUGUGAAGAAGUCUCUCGCAAACACUAAUCCAAUGGUGAACCAUUACCAGAAGGACAUGUCCACCUAUAGAGACUUCGACAGCAUCCAGAGAUGCCAAAAUAUAAAUGUUUGCCUUGUACGCAAACGUACAAACUCUUGAUGUAAUUCAUGCUCUGAUUUUAGUUUUUUAGAUUAGAAUAUAUACAGACAAGUCAU